AUGGCCGUAGCACAGUUAUCCAUAGAAAUCGAUCUCGACGACGAAAUCGAAGACUUGGUCGAUCUAUGUGCGGAAAGACCGUCACACGACAUCUUUAAGCUGAAUUAUAUGAGGAAUGCCGAGGAAGAUUUCCAGGAUUUCCAGGAUCUCGUCCUGACUGAACUCGGUCGACUGAGCGCUGAGUCUAAACCAGCGUCGUCGGACGUUCAAUUUAGUAUACCGAUCGAACUCCCGAAGCAACGAUUACCCAAGUUCGGAGGAGAUCCUCAGGAAUGGGAACAUUUCGAGGACCUGUUCACCUCCGGGGUCAUACGGAAUGCAGGACUGUCGGAUGUGCAAAGAUUGCAUUAUCUGAAUGCCUGCCUAGAGGGACCAGCUCUAGCGUCCAUUGCUUCGAUCGAGAUCGUCGGUCGUAAUUUUUCAGUGGCAUGGUCGAGACUGAAGAACACCUUCGGCCUCCCACGCAUAGUCACGGGAAAAUUGCUGGAUAAGCUCCUGUUUUUAAAACCCAUUGAUACCGGUGAUCUGGCUAGCAUGCAGCAGAUCACCGUGGGUUGUACACAGGCGCUCGCCGCCCUCGAUAAGAAGGGCACGCCCGAACAGCAGCGAGACUGGCUACUCGCGCAUUGGGCGAAGCAAAAAUUUUCGCCUGCGCUUGAGUUAGAGUGGCAGAAAACGCUCAACCUCUCGACAGAAUAUCCUACGUUCGAGGACGUACGGAGGUUCAUCGAGAUGCACUCACGCGCACUGCUCUCCAUGGACGAGAAGCGUCGCGAGGCUGCACUUGCGGCUGCCACAAAAUCGAGCGUACGUAGUCGUAGCACGACUCGGGAAACGAGAUCGGCCUCAAGACACGUGCGCAGCCAUAACGCCGUUGUGGAAACCGACUCGGCUGCACAGUCGCGAGGGUCGAGCCUCGACGCCGUAAGGCAGGUCGGCCCUUCGCAGAAGCAAAAGUGCGGGUUCUGUACCGGACCGCACAGCUUACAGCAGUGUAGCGCCUUUUUGGUUCUGCCGGAAAAAACACGUAGCCAAUAUGUGCUGGGUCGCCACUGGUGUGUACAAUGCCUGGCCUCUACCCACACAGUGCUACACUGCCAAAGCCCCGCAGUAUGUGCAAAGUGCAGUGGGAAGCAUCAUAUCCUGCUGCAUUACGCGCAAAACCGGGAAGGAAAAAAUACGAGGCCGUUUGCAAAUAAUUCGUACGGUAAGCGUGAGGAGAGGCGUACGAACGCCCCAUCACGCAGACCGGUCAAAUCGAAGCCGAAAGCAAAAACCUCUGCUUCAGGCACCAAUACAAAUACCGCCUCGACGUCGCACUGUACCGCGCUCGGUACAGGCGUACCGAGGCCGGUGGUAUUGGCAACGGCACGAGUACGAGUAUUCGGCAGAAAUGGUGCGUCGCGAAUCGCGCGCGCUUUGCUAGACCAGGGCUCGGAAACGUCUUUCGUUUCCGCCGGCUUAGCAAACGACCUCCAUUUAUUGCGUAAACGAACCCCAGCCACGGUAACGGGCUUGGGGGGCGGUCGGACGCAAAUUAUAAAAUACAGCGUCGGACUGAGUCUCGGCGCGGUAAAAGCCAUAGAACCGAUAUGUGGUACAAACGCGCACGUCGUGCCAAAGAUCACGACCUACCGUGCACCGUCGGCGAAUGCGCUUAAUUAUGGCGCGUUCAGUGGCCUACCGCUUGCUGACCCCGACCCCGAGGCUGAUCGGAAUAUUGAAAUUCUGAUCGGUGCGGACCUGUAUGCACAGGUGAUCCGACCGGGAUUCCGACGAGGGACGAACAAGGGUCCCAUCGCCCAAGAAACUGUAUUUGGCUGGAUCAUAUCCGGCCCGAUAAAUGCAGCGGGCGAAAACCAGAAAACCGUAAGGACGCUGCAUUGCACCGUCCUCGAAUCGCUUGAUUACGCAAUUCGGCGGUUCUGGGAGAGCGAGGAAAUUCCCUCGACCUCGCUGCGUACCAAGGCGGAGGAGGAGUGCGAAGCAUUCUUUCGAAAAACCGUCACGCGGCACGCAACGGGACGUUUUGUAGUCCGGUUACCUUUAAAUGACCCGAGACCGGACGAAGCGUUAGGAAGUUCCUUCCAUAUAGCGCUCUCCGCUCUUACAAGGUUGCGGAGGAAACUGGACGGCGACAUGACCCUCAAAAGAGAAUAUUCUGAAUUUCUCGCGGAGUAUGAGUCCUUAGGUCAUAUGACUCGAAUCGAGCCCAUUGACCAAACUAGGCUCUACAUCCCGCACAGAGCGGUCAUUCGCACGGAAAGUGCGACAACCAAAUUGCGGGUCGUAUUUACUGCGACCAGCAGAACGGUUGGAGGUCGCUCCCUAAACGACAUCCUACAC